AAACGUUUUAUGAUGUUUUGAUUUUUUUGAGAUUGAUUUCUGAAAGUCAGUUUCCAGUAAUCUCGCAGUGUUGCGUUUUCAGUAAAAUUGAAGAAUUGUUUAAAUCUGGAUUAUUGUGGAUUUUAAGAGUAUGAUGAAACUUGUCAGUGGAUACCAAAGGGCCUGCCAAAUAUUGAAGAAAAUGGAACAAACACAAAAUCAAAAUGACUUUCAAUCUGCAUUCAGAUAUUUCUUGAGCCAAACUCAAGUCAGGAACAAUAGCCCUAAAUUGGAGAUUACAAGUACUGAACCUCUCGGUCGAUCAGAAGAUUCGAUCAAUUUAAAUGAAAGAUCUUUAUCUCUCCCGUUGGAACCUGAAGAUGAGGAAGAAGAAAAUAUCUUCAGUGAUGAUGAACCAACCAAUGAAGUUCCCACAGAAAGCAGAAAUCCAGAUCCCGAAGAACAAGUUGUUCCAUCAAGUCAGUCGAGUCAUUUAAGCCUGCUGAGCCAACUGAGUGAUGGUUACAAAUAUGAGGAAACAUCUGCAACCGAUGUCGAGGAAGAUGAAGGAAUUUUCGAGGAUGAAUUGACCGCCGAAGACUGGAUUUUAGUAGAGGAAAGCAGGCUUUACGAUUCUCAGCCUCCUUGAAUUUUCUUCGAUGGGUUCUGGUUGCGAUUUUGGAAAAUCAAAUCUAUAUUCUCUGCACUUCGUGCUGGCUGAAUCGAAAUGCAAAAAUAUUUUAGAAAUGCGUUGAUAAUAUACUCAAUCAUGAUGAAUCACAUCAUCAUUUUUUUUGCUGGUAAAGUGAUUAUUGUUUAUUUCUUAACUGAUUUAUUCACUUGAAUUAUUAUUUUUUAUUAACUAAAUGAAAUAGUAACAGUAGGAUUAAUAAUUUCAUGAACUGAGUCACAAAAGUAUUUGUUUCAAUGUCAAAUGUUUUAUUUGCUUUAUUAUUGAGUGGUAUUUGAUUGAUUGUUCGAUAUUGAGUGAUGUACGAUGGGAUGAGUCGAGGGGUAAAAUGAUCGAAUUUUUUAGUAUAAUCAGAGUCUUGAGAAUUUUGUUUCAUUCGAACUAAAAGGCUUCUUUAUUCCACUGCAGGUUAUUAGAGUUAUUUGUACCUGAUAAUAGUAAUUUACAAAAUGUCUCCAUGAGUUCAGUUCUCAAUAUUGUAAAGGAGUGCAGUGAAAAAUUAAUAAAUAGUUUAACAAAGAUA